UUUAACAUUUUAAGAAAGAAAAAACAGUGCUUCUGAAACGCUUCAAUAUACAAACCAUAUUAAAAGAAGUAUAACGUCAAUAUGCGUUUUAGUUGUACUGUACAUAAAAAUAGUAUAUCGGAACUUCAGCUAAGUGCACACAAUAGACCGUGACGGCAAACAACCAUUUUAAUUCUUAAAUGUAAAUGAAAUGGAAUAGACGUAAAUAUUAGACAUUGUUUAUCAAUUAAACAGGAUCUUUGCAUAUUUUUCAAUUAAAACAAAUAAAUAUAUCUAAAAAUAUGAUUUAUAAUGCACAGCGAUCUGGGACAGCAGCUGUAUUUUUAUCGGUAGUUCUGCUUUUUUAUCUGUGGUCGUCGAUCUCGCAUCAGGAUGAAUCACAAGAAGAGUUAUAUUUAGCUAAAAACAACGAUAGCAGAUUGUUGCAGAUUUUGAUAAGACAAAGAAAUGAACUUUCAACGAUGUUGAAUUAUGAAAGGAAAAGAGUUGGUCAAUUAGAAUGUGAGUUAAUUAAAGAUGCGGACGAGGAAACUACCAAUACAGGCGGUUGGUGUCCAAAGGCAACAAAAACAGAACACGUCACCGAUGAAGGACUAGUAAAUGCGUUGAUACUUUUCUUUAAAGAUAAACAUGUUGGAAGUUUUGGAGAUGGUCCUGGUGUUUACAAACAACGUAUAAUAUAUUCAGGGAAAGUUAAGAGUUUCGAUGCAUACGAUGGUGCACCAUAUUGUGAAAAAACAAGUGGCGGUCAGGUUACUUUUCUUGAUCUUUCAAUUCCACAAUAUGGAAUACCAGUCUACGACUGGAUUUUGAGUCUUGAAGUAGCUGAACAUAUACCUCAAAAAUAUGAAAGUACUUUCAUAAGCAAUAUUAUUAAUCAUGCCAGGGAAGGAGUAGUUCUAAGUUGGGCAACACCUGGACAAAUAGGAUAUUCCCAUGUUAACAACAGACCAUUUGAGUAUGUCCGUAAUUUGAUGAAUUCACGAGGAUUUUUCCAUGACAAUGAAAAUUCUGAAAUUCUGAAACGAAGUGCUGUUGGUCCAAAUCUGAAAAGAAAUGUAAAUGUAUUUCGUCGGAAUGAGAAAAUGCUGGAGUGCAAGAUGCAUUUGGCUUAAUGUCAUGUGCCAUUAAGAAAUCCUAAGUCUAUUAUGUAUCGUAAAAUACAUAAUAAACUUAGCAUUUCUAAAUGGAAAGUAUAAAAAACAGUUUUAAUGUAUCCUAAAAUACAUUUAAACUGCUUUGUUUGUAGUUUCCAGGUUUGCAGGUCAUAUACAACAAAAAUGCUUAUGUAUUAUAUCAGUGCACGUAAUUCAUUAUAGCUUCAGAUAGGCAUUGUAACUGAAAAUACAACUUUCAAGUAGAAGCUAUCUAUAUUAAAUAUAUGUGUAGUUAGCUGCAUCACAAUACAAAGACUGAAGAAAAUAUUAAAAUAUCAUUUCCUGAAAAAGACUUAUUUGAGUUGAAAAAAUGAUCCUGGAUGAAAUAUUGGAAAAGAAUGGAGACAACUCCGCAAAGACUUUAUGAUAGGCUUAGGUGGCUAUUGACCUAGAACCUCAUGCAAACUAUGCACUUUUUAACUCUAAUCAUGAGAAAAGCAUGCAUACUUGCCACAUGGAUUAGCAACCUGAAUAUAAAACUAUGUAAAGAUCAAAUAAUUGAUUGCCCUGGGGAAAGUAGGACAUUUUUGUGGUGAAAUUUGUCAACAAACAGACGAUGUUUUAAAAGUCAAAACCCACAGAAUUUCACAAGGUGAAAUAUGUUGAAAAGGCUACUGCUGGAAAGAGAACAAUCUCAACUACCCAUAAAUAAGCGUCAAAGUAUGGGAACAAUAUUUAGAAAUAUGAGAAAAUCGAAGAAAUCAAUUCCUGUUUCAAAGACUGUUAGAUGCAUAACUGUGUAAUCAUACAUUUAUCAUGGACAGGUUACUUUUCCUUUGUACUGAUAUAACAUGGGCAGGAUUAGGAUUAAAAACGGUGUUCACUCAACAAUUUCACUAUAUAAACGGAUUGUUUCCCUUGUGUAAAAAG